AAUGAACAGUCUGGUUUCAUGACAAAUCUACUCAACAACCACGAAUCAUCGACUGCGGAUGUAAAUGAUGGCAGUCAUUUGAUCAAUAAUAUCGUAGAUGACAUAUUUCAGCUGCAGACAUGUCAUUACGAGGAAUCUGAAUCCCAGCCAGAGCUGCAGUCCACUCUACGCUCAACGCCAGGUUUUGUGGACAGGCGCUUAAAGUACUGGAAGGACAUGAUACGUCAGCGUCGUGCCGAGCAGCUAAAACUGUGCCUGGCCACGGGUAGAGAGCCACAGCAGUUGCUCUUUAACGUGAGCAAUCGGGAGGAGCAUAGCAUCAAGCGCAUUUUGGACCACGUCUCGCGCAAGGAACGCUGCACAACAAUAGCUGGGCUGGUUGUGGAUCCUAUGGAGGUUACCUUUGCCAAGCCGCAAGACUACGUUGAGAUUGUGGGACUACCGAAAAAGGUUAGCUUUGCGCUGGAUGGCGGCGCGUGCACAAGGAGCAGGUGGUGCGAUUCGCAGCUGCUUGUUAACCGCUUGCUGGAAAAGGAAGCAGACAUUAAAAAGGUGAUGGAGUAUUGUCCAGAAAUUGAUAAGCUCGAGGUAAUCGGCAAGCAUCUUUGGCUAAGGAAGCCCUGCGAGCGUCUAUCUGUUCACACCAUAUCCAUGGUAACUCCAGCUGUGUUGUCGGAGCGUGCCUUAGAAAGAUCGAUAGAAAGCAACGCAUCUUUAAAGUUAAAACCAUUAACGACUUGUACCUCGAAGCUGGCGGUGCUCAUCAAUGGCACCACCUACCGCCGAUAUCGGCCGGAGUAUUCGCCCAUACUGGAGCGCAGGUUCGUUUGCAAUCCCUACGAGCGCAGCCUGCGCACUAUUAUGCGCAUCGAGAACAAUGGCCAAGAGGCAAUCAACUUUAGCUGGAUUCGCGCCGAGUUCUUUGCAUACAACAAUACACUUUUCAACUCGCCCAACGAGGUGUUUGUCUUCGAUACGGAACCCUUUCUGCUGCGGCCAGGCGAUGUCCGUGAGGUCUCGGUGCUCUUCCGUCCCAGCAAGGUGGGCAUUGUGAAGCAGCGCUGGUUCCUCAAUACCUAUCCGCUCAUUUUCUUUCGUUGUCCCUGCGCCCUGACUCUGAACAUGCAUGGCAGAUGCACACCCCCACAGGAGUACCUACAGCUGAUCGAAGAGUAUAUGCAACCAACGAUACGAGAUUGCCGCGGAUCGACUUCAGCGCAACUGUUGCGUUCAGUACCAUCACUGAAGGCGCCACGGACUCUACACCCGUUCGUCAGGGAGCUGGAGGAGAGCGAGGCUUUUAAUCGGCGCAACGUAGGCUUCCACUGCGAACGUGACAGCGAAAUUGAGGGCUUGAAAAGGUUCUUCUACCUGGUUCGACCAGAUCAAUGCAACUUGGAAUGGGAUUACAGUGUAAGCAUGCUAAUUGAAUUGGUCUGUUCCAAGGAGGAUGAGCGGCUGCGCGUCAAUCUUUUCGAGCAGCUGCAACUACAGCUGUCUGAGCUGCGCGGCCGCACGACGCCGCUCAGCCUGAGCGACGCCCCAACCAAGCUAAAGGAACGCCAACGCACCAGAUACAUCUAUGUGCGUGGCAUCAUAUCCAAUAGCAUUGAGUUAUGGGAGCAGAAGAUUUGGGCACUGUCCGCACAAAUGCUCAAGCUGGCCGAGCGCCGAAAGCAACCAGUUGGUGCCCGUGGACAGAGCCAGCUCCUACACUCGAAAUCAUUUCGACAAUCAAUUUAUAUAUACACCUAUUAUCAGCUGUGCGACGUUGCCGAAAAUAUUGUCUCUGUCAUCGAGAGCACUGAGCAGGUCUAGACAUAAAUUAAAAUUCGACC